UUUACGGGAAGCGCUUGACGUGAGCUCCUCUCACGCGGCUCAUAAAGCAAACUUUCAGCCACUUUCAUCAUUAAUGCUAAACACUGACAGUGAUCAUUGACUCACCGGAAGAGGUUCAAGUUCAACAGCAGCAUAAAUACAGCGGUCAAUACAGAAAUACAUUUUCCCCCUCCCCACGGAAACAUGGAUACCGGGGCAGAGAGCGCACCUAUUUCCUCAUGGAGGGAAUGUUUUAUAUUAAAGAGAAUCCGCACGCUGGUUCCUGUUGGUUACAAGAGCGAAAUAAAAGAGCUGUCAAAACUUUCAGUACCAGUGAUGAUAUCCCAGCUCAUGAAUUUUUCCUUGAGCCUUGUAAGUACAAUAUUUUGUGGCCAUCUGGGGAAGACAGAGCUGGCAGGAGUGUCUCUGGCCAUUGCAGUUAUUAAUGUUACAGGUAUAUCUAUUGGUAGUGGUUUGGCAUCAGCAUGUGAUACUCUGGUUUCUCAGACCUUUGGAAGCCAUAACCUGCUGAAAAUUGGAGUUAUUCUGCAGCGGGCCAUCCUCAUUUUGCUCCUGGCCUGCUUCCCCUGCUGGGCCAUCCUUAUUAACACAGAGCCAAUUCUGCUGGCUGUCAGACAAGAACCAGAGGUGGCAAGGUUGUGUCAGAUGUAUGUGAAGAUCUUUAUGCCCGCACUUCCUGCUGCAUUCAUGUACUCAUUAGAAACAAGAUAUCUGCAAAACCAGGGCAUUAUAUGGCCACAGGUCAUCACAGGCUUUGUUGUCAAUCUUCUAAAUGCACUCAUCAACUACAUCGUCCUCUUCCCGUUAAACCUUGGAGUUGCAGGUUCUGCAAUAGCCAAUGCCAUUUCCGAGUUCUUAAUGGCUGGAAUCCUCUUUACUUAUAUCAUAUGGAAAGGACUUCAUAAGGCCACUUGGGGAGGUUGGUCUCGAGAGUGCCUCCAGGACUGGGGCUCAUACAUCCACCUGGCUGUCCCUGGCAUGGUCAUGCUAUGUGUUGAAUGGUGGACAUAUGAGAUUGGAGGCUUUCUAGCAGGUCUCAUAAAUGAAGUGGAACUCGGAGCUCAGUCAGUUGUGUAUCAACUGGCAAAUGUUGCAUACAUGUUCCCUUUGGGUUUCAGCAUAGCGGGCAGUGUAAGAGUUGGAAAUGCUUUGGGAGGUGGAGAAACGGAGCAGGCCAAGCUGUCUGCUAAGAUGUCAAUGUUCUGUGCAGUGUCAGUGUCUAUAUGUUUGUCAACUCUCAUCGGGAGCCUAAAGGACCACAUCUCUUAUGUUUUUACAUAUGAUGAACAAAUCAGGCAAAGGGUUUCAGAUGUCCUAUCUUUUUAUGCUCCUUUCAUUCUACUCGAUGCAACAUCUGCUGCCGUGUGUGGCAUAAUAAGAGGAGCAGGCAAACAGAGAGUUGGAGCUAUUUGCAAUAUUUUGGGAUAUUAUGGUGUUGGCUUUCCGAUUGGAGUGUCACUGAUGUUUGCAGCCAAAUUAGGAAUCAUGGGUCUGUGGACAGGCUUGUUAACCUGUGUGUUCCUGCAAUGCUCAUUCCUGAUUUUCUAUCUAAUCAGAAUGAACUGGAAAAAUGUCACAGUUGAGGCUCAGAUCAGAGCAGGAGUGCAUGUAAGCUCCACAGACACAGGUACCCAACUAGAAGACUCUGGUAACUCAGUGGGUCAAGCAGACACCACUGAUCUGAUGGGUGUUCAGGUGGAAACAACAGUGAGGACAGCUGAAGGAGAGCUCUCUUUCAGGACUCUGGUUCUGCGUAGAGGCUUGGCUCUAGCUUUCAUGUUGUUCAUCUUGGCUGUCGGUAUUAUUUUGAACCUACUUAUCACCAACUUGGCUACCUGAACAUGAGUAAUGUCUGUC